GCCCGCAACCUCGGCCACUGCUCGGAUCGGUUUCUGCUCGGGUGCCUGUCUUUCUUGGAGGCUCUAGGUGGAGUCCCGGGAGCUGAGGGGGACCGGCGGCUGCCGCCGAAGCAUGAAGAAGGGGUAAAGCAAGAGCCCCCCAAGGUUUCACGGUGAACGGGCACAGAGGUUGAGCUCAAGAUGCCAUUAGUGAAAAGAAACAUCGAUCCUAGGCAUCUGUGCCACACCGCACUGCCUAGAGGAGUUAAGAAUGAACUGGAAUGUGUAACCAACAUUUCCUUGGCCAAUAUAAUUAGACAACUAAGUAGUCUAAGUAAAUAUGCUGAAGAUAUAUUUGGAGAAUUAUUCAAUGAAGCACAUAGUUUUUCCUUCAGAGUGAACUCAUUACAAGAACGAGUGGACCGUUUAUCAGUUAGUGUUACACAGCUUGACCCUAAAGAAGAAGAAUUGUCUUUGCAAGAUAUAACAAUGAGAAAAGCUUUCCGAAGUUCUACAAUUCAAGAUCAGCAGCUUUUUGAUCGCAAGACUUUGCCUAUUCCGUUACAGGAGACAUAUGAUGUUUGUGAACAGCCGCCACCUCUCAAUAUACUCACUCCUUAUAGAGAUGAUGGUAAAGAAGGUUUGAAGUUUUAUACCAAUCCUUCAUAUUUCUUUGAUCUAUGGAAAGAAAAAAUGUUACAAGAUACAGAGGAUAAGAGGAAGGAAAAGAGGAAGCAGAAGGUAUUACAAGAGAUUCAAAAAAUUGAACAGAAAAAUCUGGAUCGUCCUCAUGAACCAGAAAAAGUGCCAAGAGCACCUCAUGACAGGCGGAGAGAAUGGCAAAAGCUGGCCCAAGGUCCAGAGCUGGCUGAAGAUGAUGAUGCAAAUCUCUUACAUAAGCAUAUUGAAGUUGCUAACGGCCCAGCCUCUCAUUUUGAAACAAGACCUCAGACAUAUGUGGAUCAUAUGGAUGGAUCUUAUUCACUUUCUGCCUUGCCAUUUAGUCAGAUGAGUGAACUUCUGACUAGAGCUGAGGAAAGAGUCUUAGUCAGACCACAUGAACCACCUCCACCUCCACCAAUGCAUGGAUCAGGAGAUGCAAAACCCAUACCCACCUGUAUCAGUUCUGCUACAGGUUUGAUAGAAACUCGCCCUCAGUCACCAGCUACAGGCAGGACACCUGUGUUUGUGAGCCCCACCCCCCCACCUCCUCCACCACCUCUUCCAUCUGCCUUGUCAACUUCUUCAUUAAGAGCUUCAAUGACUUCAACUCCUCCCCCACCAGUACCUCCCCCACCUCCACCUCCAACCACUGCUUUGCAAGCUCCAGCAGUACCACCACCUCCAGCUCCUCUUCAGAUUGCCCCUGGAGUUCUUCACCCAGCUCCUCCUCCAAUUGCACCUCCUCUAGUACAGCCCUCUCCACCGGUAGCUAGAGCUGCCCCAGUAUGUGAGACUGUACCAGUUCAUCCACUCCCACAAGGUGAAGUCCAGGGUCUGCCUCCACCCCCACCACCGCCUCCUUUGCCUCCACCUGGCAUUCGACCAUCAUCACCUGUCACAGUUGCAGCUCUUGCUCAUCCUCCCUCUGGGCUACAUCCAACUCCAUCUACUGCCCCAGGUCCCCAUAUUCCAUUAAUGCCUCCAUCUCCUCCAUCACAAGUUAUACCUGCUUCUGAGCCAAAGCGUCAUCCAUCAACCCUACCCGUAAUCAGUGAUGCCAGGAGUGUACUUCUGGAAGCAAUACGAAAAGGUAUUCAGCUACGAAAAGUAGAAGAGCAGCGUGAACAGGAAGCUAAACAUGAACGCAUUGAAAAUGACGUUGCCACCAUCCUGUCCCGUCGUAUUGCUGUGGAAUAUAGUGAUUCAGAAGAUGAUUCAGAAUUUGAUGAAGUAGAUUGGUUGGAGUAAGAAAAAUGCAUUGAUAAAUAUUACAAAACUGAAUGCAGAUGUCCUUUGUGGUGCUUGUUCUUUGAAAAUGUUUGGUCAUUCCAGUGUUUUGCUUUCUUUUCCUUAAGAUAAAUAACCCUUUUUCCUCCAUAAUAUUUUUGAUUUCUAAGGAAAAUAUUAGCAUACAUUUCAAACUAAAUGUUUUACAGUGGCUUAUCUUUUUUAUUUUUCCCUGAAAAGACAUAAUUUGGUCAAAUAAACCACUAAGUAUUAAGCAUGGACAGCUGUUGUUAGAGUAGCAGAUUCAGUUUUUUGAUAUAUCUUAAUUGUGCACUUUGUGAAUUUUAAUUUAAAGAAAGCAACUGAGAUUGAAAUCUUGAGGGCAGCUGUAUCUAUUAAUGAGCCUUAUUCCAUUUCUUGAUGUUUUAAAAGAAGAAACACUGCCUUGAUUAUAUGAAUACACUCGAAAGUACAGUUAGCUUGUAGUAUUGAAUUCUCUUAAAAGGAAUGCUUGAAUUUUUUUUAAUUAUUGUUUUGUUGUUUUUAAAUACUUGCCUUAUUUGAAUGUUUAGCAGUACUCUCUUCGCCCUUAUAUAUUGUGUGGUACGAUUUUGCUUGCCUAUAAGAGUUUAAAAGAUUUCCAUGUAAAAUACUCUGACAUAAACAUACAUGUAACUUACAUAACUGUUAAGAAUAACAGUCUGAUUUAAUAAAUGGUUCAUUUUAAAGGUU